AUGACCUCCACAACCACAAAUGCCGGCCUGAUGGUCUACGCCGUCUUCUUUGGUUUCACCUCCGGCACAAUCAUCUCCGGCGCAUCAGCGGCCUUUGCGACCUGCCCCACAAACCCGCAGGAUGUCGGCACCUACAUGGGUAUGGGCAUGGUCGUGGCUGGCCUGGGGGCGCUGAUCGACCCGCCCAUUAAAGGGGCCAUCUUCGAUGCAUUGAGAGGGUUCUUUCAGUUGAGCAUAAAGGUCCUUUCUUAA